AUGCUUGGCCGCUCUUCAUCGUUUCUGUCACCGCUUCAGGGCACGGGUUCAGGUGGUGGUGCUUCACAGGGCCAGAAUUCAAGCUUCAGCGACAGCGGCAAUGACGACAGCGAACUGUGGAUAGCACCCAAGGUGCGCAGGCAGCAGUCGAACCAAGGGGGCUCGCCAUCACGGACAGCAGCACCAAAGCAUAUUGCAGGGCGGGACCGAGCAUUGACGGCGCCCUUGGAAACGAGCAGGUACCAGGCAGGGCAACGGCGCCGCGGCCAUUCUGCAGGCGGCCAGCGCGGGGAGUUGCCAUCACUCAGCCUGACAGUGAACCAAAUGGUGUCAUGGUAUCUGCCGCGGGUGCUGUUUCUGUUUCUGAUCGGGUGGACAUGGUCGGUGGGCGUCCAGUUUAUCCAUGCAGAGCAGAACUCAGUGGGCUCGGUGGCGGCGAUUUCGCGGAUGGAGUAUGGGCAGGCAGAGAAUGGCCGACAGUCGCAGGGCAGUAGCGAUGAGUUUGCCUAUUACGAUGACGACGCGGGGGGUGGGAGGCAAGCGGCGGGGCUGACCCGUGACCUGAUCAGCCGUGCUUUGCAGCACUCGUCGUGGGUGGAUGCGCUGAGCGGGCUGCUAACGGUGCUGGUGGGCACGGGGUAUCCGUUCCUCGACUGGAAAUGGCGCAGCUACACGAUGCACAAGGUUGACUGGAACGACGUGCUGCGGUGUGUGGGCGGCUUCCUGGGCAUCAACUACGCAGCGCUGAAACUGCCAUUCGAGACAGUGGGCCAGUCGUCGAUGAUUAUGAUCAUUAUUUCGCUGGGUCUGUGGACUGUGUGCGAUGGCACGCUGCACGGCUUCCUGCUGUCGUCGUCGAUGGCGCUGAUUGCCACAUGGCUGCUGUACUUCCAGGCCAUGAGCGACUACGCCAGCUUCACGCAGGACGACUACCUGGGCCUGCUCAUCGGGCGUCGCCUGGGAUUCCACCCGCACUGGAAAAAGUACCGGCACCGGCAUCUUCGCGAGGAGCAGAAGCGGGAGGAUAAUCCGGCAGUUCGGUUGGAUGGGUAA